CUCUCAGUGCAGGUGAUUGUUAGCAGCAGUGAGGGAAUCACCGCUCUUCUCUCUCAACGCUCCUCCAGUGCUCUACAGACCUUCAUUACUCCGGUCUGUCGACGUGAGACGCGGAUGACAAAGUUGAAAUCGCAGGUGCACGAAUCGAACAGUCCAUUUGCAGACGUUUCAACGAAGAAGAGUGAUUAUAUCGCGAGUUUUUCUGUAAUGGCUUUAUGAGGUUGUGUGUGAGAUCUCUGGGAACAAUCGUGAGCAGAAUGCAUAGACACGCAACAAGAGAGACCUUCCUCGUCCUCUUCCUCAUUAUCAGCAUGACAUGGCCCAUACAUUCAGAGAUCUCCAACUGCGUCAUCAAACGUGAGGAGGAGAGAUGCUUGGAGCUAAUUGCCCUGCAUGACCCUAUAGAUGAUGAAAAGUUUGAGUGUCCGUGGGAGUGGGACAAUCUGACCUGCUGGGAGGCGACCAGUGUCGGCAAGGUCGUGGAGGUCAACUGUCCCGAGCUCUUCGAUUUCAUGAGUCCAGAGGAAGGGCCUGGCAAGAUCAGCAGAAACUGUACAGAGUUCGGUUGGUCUGAACCGUAUCCACACUAUGUUGAUGCCUGUAUGAUUGGUGAAAACACAACCAAACCUGACAUGUACUAUGCGUCUGUGAAAGCUCUCUAUACGGUGGGCUACAGCACGUCUCUGGUGUCUCUGACCACAGCUAUGGUCAUUCUCUGCCGCUUCCGGAAGCUUCACUGCACCAGGAACUUCAUCCACAUGAACCUGUUUGUGUCCUUCAUACUGAGAGCCAUCUCUGUGUUCAUUAAAGACGGGGUCCUGUAUGCUGAGGAGGACAGCGACCACUGCUUCGUUCAUACUGUGGGCUGUAAGGCAGUGAUGGUCUUCUUCCAUUACUGUGUGAUGUCAAACUACUUCUGGCUCUUCAUCGAAGGUCUUUAUCUCUUCACGCUUCUGGUGGAAACCUUCUUUCCUGAAAGACGCUACUUCUACUGGUACACCAUCAUCGGCUGGGGAACGCCCACCAUUUGUGUGACCAUAUGGGCCGUUCUGCGCCUUCAUUUUGAUGAUUCUGGUUGCUGGGACAUGAAUGAUAAUACUGCCCUCUGGUGGGUGAUAAAGGGACCCGUUGUGGCAUCAAUCAUGAUUAAUUUUGUCCUCUUCAUUGGAAUCAUCAUAAUCUUGGUGCAGAAGCUGCAGUCUCCAGACAUCGGCGGGAACGAGUCCAGCAUCUACCUCAGCUGUGCACAGAAAUGCUUCAGUGAGCCCGCACAGGCCGCCCAGCAUUCGUGCAGGAUUUCAGAGCUUUCUACCAUCACGCUGCGUCUGGCGCGCUCCACCCUGCUCCUCAUCCCUCUGUUCGGAAUCCACUACACUGUUUUUGCCUUCUCCCCAGAGGAUUUCAGCAAGCGGGAGCGACUGGUCUUUGAGCUGGGCCUGGGCUCCUUCCAGGGCUUUGUGGUUGCCGUGUUGUACUGCUUUCUGAAUGGAGAGUUUCUCCCUAAAGGUGCAGUCGGAGAUAAAGAGGAAAUGGAGGAGUUGGACGGUGAACAGGUACUUUGCUGUGGACCUGAAGCAGCAGCGUCACCCUUCGCUAGCGAGCAGUGGGGUGAACGGGGGGACGCAGCUGUCCAUCCUCAGCAAGAGCAGCUCACAGAUACGCAUGUCCAGCCCUCUGGCCGAGACGGUCAACCUCAACCUGCCCACCUGAGCGCCUGAUUGGCCAGUCCGUCCAUAAGCCCCGCCCUCCAACUCACCCUCUUCACCUGCAGUAGGGCCGACCAAUCACAAUUAGUUAAGAACAAGUAAUAAUUCAUUAAAUCGCUGGAUAGAAUUUAAAGAUUCCAAACAAGUUCCGGAAUGUGUCACCCAACAAUUCGUCCAGGGAAAUAUUUAAAGUGCCAAAACUAUUUAAAGCUUAAAAGUUUUAAUUCAGGUUAGGAAGUUCUUUGACCAUAACGCAACUUUUUGAAGGCUUUCAAAUUAAUCUAAUAAGUACAUAACAAUACAAGCAUAAAAUAAUGUUAUUUUUAAUCAAUCAUAAUGCAGAACAGGGGCUGUAUGAUUCACACCGCAAUGCCAAAAUACGAUUGCGGCGGAAAUUAGGGUGAAUUUUCAUAUCGCAUUUUGAGCCAUAGAGAAUGUGAACAUUUGUGGUUAGAAUGUAGUCAGAGAAACAUCAAUCCAUCCAACAGCACAUUGCUUUCUAGUUUAACUGUAAAUCAGAUAUCAGAGAGAGAGACGGGUUACAUUUCAGUGUUAUGAUCAAAUAUAAUAAUAUAAAGUGCCAAAACAUGAAUAUUUCAGUAUUGGUUUAUCUGCAAGCUACUGUGUUUAUCAGAAGUACACUAUAAAAGAAAUGUACAGACUUGGUGUUGCUCGUUCAGAUGCUGUGUAUUUAUUAAUUAAAUGUUCUCCACCGAGAGAUUGUAAAACAUAUUUUUUUACAAUCAGCCGUAAGUACAGAGUAUGUCAACAAUUUAACGACUUAUGAAUGACUCAUGAAUUUAGAUUAUAUGUAAAUGUUGUUAUGGUUUUGUGAUUUAGCUUUUGGCCAGUGUUAUCUUAUUGUCAUGCGAAUGGUUUGUAACUACAGAGCCAAUAUCAGCAAAUCAAGGAUUGUCAAAAAAUAGUUCUGCAAACAAUUCCCUGUUCUGAAGUGCCUGAUGGUCACAAAAAUAGCUUUGAUGAAUCUACUCUAAGCAACUAGUGCCAAGCAGUGUUGAUUUAAUUAUUAGUCAUUUAAAAGUGCAGAUUAACAGAUUCAGUGUUCAGGUUUGCUUUUAAAAUCUUAAAUUUCUUCAUAGUAGGAAUAUAUAAUUUUUUACGCCGUAUUAGAGUGCAUACAGUAUAGACAUUUCUAGAGCUUUGAGAUGCGUAGAUCAAUGUCAUUACGUUUCUGUCAGGUGCAUUAUAAAUGCUUUUAGGGCUGACAUUUGAACUGUGAGAGAAAUGAGACAUUUGAGUGAGAUGUGAAAGUGUUAAAAGAUAUUUCAACCAAAAAGGUUGAUUCUGUCGUAAUGUACUCGCCUUCAUGUCAUUCCAAACCUGAUUUUUUUUUUUUUUUUAUGUUUGUACUCUUAGACUGAUAAAGUAAAGAAUGGUAAGCCCCAAAAUGACUAAAAGCAUCAUUUUAGUACCAUAAAAUAUCAUAUGAAUGACUUUUAUGUUGUUGUAUUCACAUUAAGAGCUUGACAGCUGGUGAUCAAUAUAUGUUGCAUGGUAACAAGUAAAGUAUGCUAGUUUUGAAAUGGCAUGAAGAAGAGUAAAUGAUGACAGGUUUUGAUUCAUUUUUGAGAGAAUGCUUUUAAUACUUGAGAGACAGGUAACCCCCAACCCUUUACAAGUACAAUAUCUGAUGUCAAUCUAUGAAUCCAACCAAAUUUACUGCAUCACCACUGAAUGACAAUCAUAAUUAGUUAUCAUCACUCACAUUUUACAUCAGUGUGCAAAGUGGCAAGAGUCUCUGCUAAAAGUGUUGUUUAUACAGUAUUAUUCUCUGCCAUGAGUGUUUAUAUAAGUUAAAGAUGCACAUGUGCCAGUAAAUGAUGGAUGUACCAGCACUCUCUCUUUAUUUUGAAAUGCAACAUGCUUUUGUUGCAGCUCAUAGUUGUUGGUGAAUCACAUGGCAGAGUCGAGGUGAUUAUUGAAAUGUACAGUAAAGUGAUGGUUGUGUAGAUCGCACAGAUCUUUUAAAAAAAUGUGGGGAAGAUGUAUACGUUUUUCCUUUGGUUGUUGUUUUGAAGUUGAAGUGUGUAAUUUGUGUGCCACUAUCGUCAUCAGCAAAUGAAAAUGCAAAAAUAAUGACAGAAGGUUUCGAAUGCUCCUCAUCUUUCAUUGGCCGGAUUAAACAUAGCCCUGCCCCCUCACGCAAUUAGUUGAGAUGCAGUGCGUUUUUCUUUAA